UUGGUGUAGGGUUUGGUUUGAGAUUCUCUUUCACUUCCCUGUCAAACUUUGCAGCAGUCACUUGCAGAACAAAAAAAAAAAAAGGGGGCAACCUUGCAGCAGUCCGUUUCUGUUUCCUUCCACUGAAUUGGGUCAAUAAUUUUGCGCUUCCAAGCGUUUGUUAUCUCUCAAAUGUGUUGAAUUUCUUGCACAUCAAACUCGCAGAUUCAUGGGUACACUUGAUUUCCAGGCUACCUCACCUCUCUACAUCAUCAAAUCCUCUGGAAGCUUUUGCCCUUCUUCGUACAGACUCGGCUGCUACCCAUUUGGAAGAAACCAGUGGAAUAGGAUGAGGCUUACUUGCACGGCCUCGUCCACCAUUCCUUCUCAGGAACUAAAGCAGGCAGAAGGUCAACAGCCGCCGGUGACUGGGGAUUCUUUUAUUCGGCCUCAUCUCCGGCAGUUGUCGCCUUACCAGCCCAUUUUGCCUUUUGAGGUUUUGUCAGCUCAACUAGGUAGAAAGCCUGAGGAUAUUAUCAAAUUAGAUGCAAACGAAAACCCAUAUGGUCCACCUCCAGAGGUUUUUGAGGCUUUGGGGUCAAUGAAGUUUCCAUAUGUUUAUCCUGAUCCUCAAAGCCGUAGAUUGCGUGCUGCUCUUGCCCAGGACUCAGGUCUAGAAUCUAAAUAUAUUCUUGCCGGUUGUGGUGCUGAUGAACUCAUUGAUUUGAUUAUGCGUUGUGUUCUGGAUCCUGGUGACAAAAUUGUGGACUGCCCGCCUACCUUUACAAUGUAUGAAUUUGAUGCAGCUGUUAAUGGGGCAUGUGUUAUCAAAGUACUCAGGAAGUCAGACUUCAGCUUGGAUGUGGAAAAAAUUGCUGAAGUCGUUAAGCAGGAGAAGCCCAAGUGCAUAUUUCUAACUUCUCCAAACAACCCAGAUGGGAGUAUAAUCAGUGAUGAAGUUCUCUUGAAGAUCCUUGAUCUGCCUAUAUUGGUUGUGCUAGAUGAAGCAUACAUUGAAUUUUCAGGAGUUGAAUCUAGGAUGCAAUGGGUGAAAAGCCAUGAAAAUCUGAUUGUCCUCCGCACAUUUAGUAAAAGGGCUGGUUUGGCUGGCCUCCGUGUCGGAUAUGGAGCUUUUCCGCUGAGUAUUAUUGAAUAUCUCUGGAGAGCGAAACAACCAUAUAACGUCUCUGUUGCUGCCGAAGUUUCUGCAUGUGCAGCACUGACGAAUCCUGCCUAUCUGGAGGAGGUAAAAGUGGCUUUGGUUCAAGAACGGGAGAGAAUGUAUAAGCUUUUAAAAGAAGUGCCUUUCCUCAACCCAUAUCCUAGCUACUCUAAUUUCAUUCUCUGUGAGGUUACAUCUGGAAUGGAUGCCAAGAAACUGAAGGAAGAUCUUGCAAAGAUGGGUGUGAUGAUCCGUCAUUACAACAACAAAGAAUUAAAGGGAUAUGUUCGUUUCUCUGUUGGGAAGCCUGAGCACACCGAUGCGUUAAUGAAGUGCCUUAAAAGCUUCUAUUGACAUGCUCCUGAUCCCGAAGGUUCCCUUCAAGGGUGAAGAAACCCAACUCCAAGGGAAGAGUUUGAUACCUUCAACUCAUUCAACAUCGCCGCCAUUAGUUGUGCUUCUUUUCAAGUACUAAGACAUUUGAUCAUUAGAUCGUGCCCCCAGUGUUUAGCAGCUUCUGACCUUAAUUUGAUGUUCUAUAUAUAAUGCUAUACAUAUAUUUAUCUCUAUACAGGCUGAAAAUCAAAUUAUUCAGGAUAUGGGGUUUUUGUUUUGUUUUAUUUUUGGUGAUAUAAUUCUGUAUGUUGUUGGGGAUAGGAAGAAAUUGGAAAGACUCUUUUCUUUUUCUUGUU